CCCGGGGCCGCGCCGGCAGCCGCCGGGACUCCCCCGCAGCGAACGGAGCAGCGCCCGGGCAGCGGCACCGCGGGCUCCGGGCCCCGGCAGGUUCCUUCAGAGAAAUCUGAAUCCUUUGCAUCAAUGUUGAGACGCUCUCCUUUAAUUCAGAUGGGGCCUGCCAAAGAUAAAAUUGCCAUUGGUCAAAUAUUCCAUGUUGUAGAAGAUGAUCUUUACAUAGAUUUUGGUGGCAAGUUUCACUGUGUGUGCAAAAGACCAGAAGUUGAUGGAAAAAAAUACCAGAGAGGAACCCGCGUACGCCUGAGACUGCUGGAUCUUGAACUGACAUCCAGGUUUUUGGGGGCAGCCAGUGAUACAACAUUGCUGGAAGCUGAUGCAGUGCUUUUGGGACUUGCAGAGAGCAAGCAAACAAAACAAAAGGAGUAAAUUUACUGCAAAAAGAUGCACUUUGUGCUCUAUAAUAAAUUACGUAAAUUAAAUGCUUCCUCAGGAAAUAAAUGAAAAUUUUCUGUCCAUUUAGUCAUGUAAAAAAUGAGAUCAAUAAAAGACAA